UUGCAACCGAAAAAAAAAAAGGAAAAAAAAAAGGAAACGGCAACACAGCAAAGAAAAAGUUCACACAUCUCACUCGACUACUCUGUCUGUUUACACACAGACACUCUCGCAUAGCAAAGUGAAGUAUAUAUGGGGCAAGGAAAAGGGUCGACGCUAGUUCAUUUACUUGUCAUAGUCUUGAGCUUAACGGCAUUUGGCUUUGCAAUUGCUGCGGAGCGCCGCCGAAGCACUGGAGUACUACAUAACGAUGAUUUCACCAAUCGAACAUACUGUGUUUAUGAGUCAGAUGUCGCCACUGGAUAUGGAGUGGGGGCUUUCUUGUUUCUUCUCUCAAGUGAGUCACUGCUUAUGGGUGUGACAAAAUGCAUGUGUUUUGGAAGACCUUUAGCACCUGGGGGGAACCGUGCCUGGACCAUAAUAUAUUUUGUAUCAUCCUGGAUGACAUUCCUGGUGGCAGAAGCAUGUCUAAUAGCUGGUGCAAAGAAUAAUGCCUAUCACACCAAAUAUCGAAAUAUGGUCUAUGCAGAAAACUUUUCAUGUGAUGCAUUACGAAAAGGUGUAUUCAUUUCUGGAGCAGUCUUCGUGGUUGGAACCAUGAUCCUUAACGUCUAUUACUACAUGUACUUUACUAAAGCCACAACACUGCCAGCUCACAAAGCUAAUCGUGCUGCUCCAGCAGUCUGAAUGUCUGGGCCGGCUUACAGUUUGCUUAUGACUUAGUCAAGAGUUUGGAACUUAUCUUCCCGGUUAUCGUGUAUAACAAGAUCUACAAUUCUGUUAUCGCGUGAUAUUAGAUACAAGUAUAUAUGGUUAACUUAGAGCAAAAAUCAGCUUCAGAAGUAGAAAGCUUUCAAUUUAUCUUGAGACAUUUUCUUCCAAUUGGAGUGGAUUCAUGGCAUGAAUGGACCAUAAUGUUUUUGUAAAUAUCUCUAUUUCAAGUACUGUUGUGAGUGGACCAAAAUAGGCACUAUGAAUUUUAUGAACUAGACUGCAAAGUGAAUAAUGCAAAAAAUUUAUUGAAUUGGCCAA